GAGGAGGAUGUGGCUGCCAUGGUAACGAGGGCUGUGUAUGGAGGACAGCAGCCAGUCGCAGGCAGCCACAGAAAGAUCUAUCCUUUUUUCCUCAUUCCACUUCCACUUUACCGAUAUAGAAAACGAUCUCCAGACCAAGCGUUUGAUCGCGCUCCUGUCCCUCCUGCCUGACGCUUCAAACGCAUCACCUCACAACACUCUCAUCAGACGCAGGAAACGCACACAUCUCCAGGAUGGCAACCAUCACCUGCACGCGCUUCACAGAGGAAUACCAGCUUUUUGAGGAACUGGGAAAGGGAGCCUUUUCUGUGGUGCGGAGAUGUCUGAAAGUUCUCUCAGGGCAAGAGUAUGCUGCAAAGAUCAUCAACACAAAGAAGCUGUCUACUCGGGAUCACCAGAAGCUGGACAGGGAGGCUAGGAUCUGCCGACUGCUGAAGCACUCCAAUAUUGUGCGGCUGCAUGACAGCAUCUCAGAGGAAGGUCACCAUUACCUCAUCUUUGACUUAGUAACGGGUGGUGAGCUGUUUGAAGACAUUGUUGCCAGGGAAUAUUACAGCGAAGCAGAUGCCAGCCAUUGCAUCCAGCAGAUUUUGGAGGCAGUACUUCAUUGCCAUCAGAUGGGCGUUGUGCACAGAGACUUAAAGCCAGAGAACCUGCUUCUGGCUUCCAAAUCCAAAGGUGCAGCUGUGAAGUUAGCAGACUUCGGCCUUGCCAUUGAGGUUGAAGGGGAACAACAGGCUUGGUUUGGGUUUGCUGGCACUCCUGGUUACCUGUCCCCAGAAGUCUUACGGAAGGACCCCUAUGGAAAAGCUGUAGACCUGUGGGCAUGUGGUGUGAUUCUCUACAUCCUGCUGGUUGGAUACCCACCCUUUUGGGAUGAAGACCAGCAUAGACUCUAUCAGCAAAUUAAAGCUGGCGCCUACGAUUUUCCUUCACCUGAGUGGGACACAGUCACCCCUGAGGCGAAAGAUCUUAUUAAUAAGAUGCUGACCAUCAACCCAUCUAAACGCAUCACUGCUGCGGAGGCACUCAAGCACCCAUGGAUCUCACAUCGCUCCACUGUUGCAUCUUGCAUGCACAGACAGGAGACUGUCGAAUGCUUGAAGAAGUUCAACGCUAGAAGAAAGCUCAAGGGUGCUAUCCUCACUACUAUGCUGGUCACCAGAAACUUCUCAGGAGGAAAAAGUGGGAUCAGCAAGAAGACAGAUGGUGUGAAGAAAAGGAAGUCCAGUUCCAGCACCCAGCUGAUGGAAUCGUCAGAGAGUACAAGCACCACAAUUGAGGAUGAGGAUACUAGAGUGAGGAAGCAAGAAAUCAUCAAAGUAACUGAGCAACUCAUUGAAGCCAUCAGCAAUGGAGAUUUUGAGAAUUACACGAAGAUGUGUGAUCCCAGUGUUACGGCGUUUGAGCCUGAGGCCCUGGGAAACCUGGUGGAGGGGCUGGAUUUCCAUCGCUUUUACUUUGAAAACUUGUGGUCGAAGAACAGCAAGCCGGUUCACACCACUAUCCUGAACCCUCAUAUCCACCUGAUCGGCGAGGAGGCCGCCUGCAUCGCCUACAUUCGUAUCACGCAGUAUCUCGACACAAACGGAAUGCCAUGCACUGCCCAGUCAGAGGAGACACGGAUCUGGCAUCGUAAAGACGGCAAGUGGCAGAUAGUCCACUUCCAUCGCUCAGGCUCUCCGUCUGCCAUCACUAAAUAAGAGAGUCAGUUGAAAAUACCAGAGUUGCAGGAUCACUGGCUUGAGGAUGUACAAGCUCCCAGCUUCUCAUCUCAUUCCUUGAACUUCAUUGGCCCUCUGCUUUACGGUGUCAUCACAUUCACAUUAGCUUUUAUUCUCAUUGCUCAGAACACUUCUUUAUGGAUAAACUAUGAUGAAGCCGCUGUUGCAACCCUGCUGCGUGGUAUCAAUGCUUUUUUUUUUUUACAUCUUGAUUAUGAUUACAAAAUUAGCCACCAUGUUUUUGACCAUAAGUGCUACAUUUGCAGAUAUUUGACACAAAUGAGAUAUUUGGGACAACGGCUACAUUCCAAAAGAGAUCCUGUUUCCUAGGGGUUUCCACGGAUACCUAGAUUUUUUUUUAGACAUUAACUAGUCUUUUAAUCUCUCUUAUACACCUGUAAUAAACUCGAAUGUAAUCUGAUUGAAAUGGAUGUUUAUAUAUUUGAAAUAAAGUAGAACUGCUAGGUAAGAAUAUAGUAAUGACUUAAACAGCUUGUCCUCCACUGCCCGAUUUCCAGACAAUCGCCAUUGAACAUUUUCUACCGAGUUUAGUGAAGCACAUUGAACAGCAGUGAAUUUCAGUAUACGUUUAGCCCUUGAAAUCAAAGCUGCAUCUAUGGCACAAAAAACACACACACAAUCUAUUGAACCCACAUGAUCCGCACUGCAAGAACAGAUGGAUCAAGGGGGCUGAGCAACCCACUCAACGAACUGUUGCUUAAAGUUAAAGCCGGUGCUGAUGGUGGCAGUGGAACAGUAAAUGCAUGCGAGAGCUUGAUAUUUCUUUCUGCCGUACAGGGUUUUGAGAUCCGGGUCUGGUGUGGUGUGCUCAGAGCACUUUGAUAAAGUUCUUCCAGUAGAGCUGGUGUAUUUGUUCUUCCUUUUGUA